UGGGGAGAUCAUACAUUUCAAUUAUACAUUUCUUAUAUAGUGUUUGCUAGUAAGUAAAGAUGUCAAAGGGAGAGGUUCUUAUUCUGGAUUUUUGCUUUAGUCCAUUCUGCAUGAGAGUGAAAAUAGCCCUGGGGGAGAAAGGAGUGGAAUAUGAAAGCAGGGAAGAGGAUUUGUUUGGGGGGAAGAGUGAAUUGUUGUUGAAAUCAAACCCCAUUCAUCAGAAGGUGCCAGUGUUCUUGCACAAUGGAAAACCCUUGUGUGAAUCCACUACCAUUGUUACAUACAUUGAUGAGGUCUGGCCUUCACCACCACUUCUCCCAGCUUGUGCAUACGACCGAGCUCAAGCCCGCUUCUGGGCUGAUUUUAUUGACAAAAAGGUAUUUGACGCAGUCGGCAACAUUUGGAGAAGCCAAGGCACAGCUACAGAGAGUGCAAAGAAUGAGUUCAUAGAGAUAUUGAAGCAACUAGAGGGAGCCCUAGGGGAAAAGCAUUACUUUGGUGGUGAUUCUUUUGGUUUUGUUGACAUUCUAGCAAUCCCUCUAACCAGCUGGUUCUAUGCUGCCGAGAAAUUUGGAGGGUUUAAGGUUGAAGAUGAGUGCCCAAAAUUCUCAGCUUGGAUGAAAAAGUGCAUGCAAAAAGAAACUGUUGCCAAAGUUUAUCCAGACCCAGAAAAGGUUUAUGAAUUUGUCGCCAUGAUGAGGAAAAUGCAAGGAAUUGAGUGAAGAGUAGAUGGGUUAUUCCUAAGUUUUUCCCUUCUUGUUCUUCCCCCCCAAAUUGUUUGAUUAUGAAUAAUUAAAUGGUUGGAAGUGUAGCAAUCAAUCAGUGUUUGAUUAUGAAUAAUUAAAGAAGGGAAAAAUCAAAUAAAACUGUCAUUGGUCU